AUGAACAAUGAAGGGUUCAAGGACAGAAGGAGGCGACUAAGCUCAAGCAGUGACGAAGACUUCAUGAGGCUCUCUGAUGGUAUUUCGUAUUAAGACCAAGAAACCUAUAAAAGUGACGAAGAAAAAAAGCCUGAAAAAUUAGACGCAAAGAAAAAGCCAUCAAAUUUCCAGUAUCAAAAACCAAGAAGAGGCAAAGGUCGUGGCAAUAACAAUUGGAGAAGAGAAGAUAAGCCUAAGCCAAAGCAAAAUGAUAAACCUCACCCUCACUAUCGGAAAAAGGCUGCACCAAAAUAUGAUAUCGGCGCUCAAGAAUUUCAUCCGGCUGGAUUCAAUGCAAAUGCAAGCGACUUUGUAAGUUUUAGCCAGGUCCCAACUCUAUUUAAUCCAUCUGCCCAAGAGUUCAAUCCUCACUUCGGUGUUGACGCUCCAGAAUUCAAGCCAAGCUGGGCCUAA